UUGGAUGGUUUUUUAUUUUAAAUAUAAAAAAAACCCCGCCCCCCGCUACAAUCCUGUCUGAUUAUAAAAGGUUUUUCUCAUUUUUUGGAGUUUCUGAACAACUGGUUUUCCAGAAGACCGGAUCUUCGAAGGGCUAAGAGGAACUCCCAUAUUCAUAUUCGGAAUCAGCAUGAUCGAUAACCUAUAAUCCACUAGAUUCCGAUUAAAAAGCGACUGAACACUUGGGAACGUUCCCUCGUUAGUUUUCUAACUUUUCACACACAAAUUGUGGAACGGAGAAAGACAAAGAAAAGAGGAGUAAUUACGUGAUAUUCUUUUUUUGUUUUCUUCGAUUAUUUUCCAUCUUAUCGUUCAACUAUCUACAUACAACAGUGCAAUGUUCAAGUCCAUUUUGAUUAAUAUCAUUUUAUUUUGUCUGAUAAAGAUUUUCUUUCAUUCGAACCAUCAGUAGUUUUUAACAGAAGAAAGAGUUAAUUUGUUUAAAGUUCAAUCAUUAUGACCUUUCUAAUACGAAUGAAAUUUCUUUUAUUUUCUAGAACCUUGUGUGAAUGAUGUUACAGCCACCAUGUCAACAUUGUUGUGGUCAUUCGAUAAUAAUAAUGCAAAUGAAGAUAAUACUGGUUUAUACAAUGGAGUAUUGAUCAAUAAUCCAACAUUUGUUGAAGGCUAUGUUGGAAAUGCUGUUUAUCUGAAUUCAUCACCGUCAUUGGGACAGGAACAAUGGAUUGAAAUACCCUUUGUUAAUUUAUCGUAUCAAAGUUUUACUAUUGAAAUGUGGAUAAAAUCUACUGGUUCUUAUGAAACAGACUAUCGUAUUUUUGUCGAAUGUGAAUCACUUAGAAAAUAUCAUUGUUUACAUUUCAUCAUAUACAAUAAACGAAUACAUUUCGGGUUUUAUAGUGAUGAUACACAAGGAAAAACAGAACUUUUACCGAAUACUUGGUAUCAUGUUGCACUUGUCUAUAAUUCCGUUGCAGCUCAACGAUUGAUUUAUUUAAAUGGUAUACAAGAUGAAAUAUCUGUGAAAAGUGUUCGUGUUGGUCCAUAUAAAGGACAAAGUGGUAGUUUAUCUAUUCCAAGUUGUGGUAUACUAAGCGAUGAUCAUCCUAGUAAAUAUUUUCAAGGUUAUAUUGAUCAAUUUUCAAUAACAAUAGAUCGAGCAAAAAGUCCAUGUGAAAUAUUAAAUGAUGCGACACUAGUAAAAAAGUUUGAUUUUGAUGAUACAUUUAGUAAUAGUAAUUCAAAUAUUAAAUUUAACAACAUAAAAGCAACUGUUGGACGAGUGAAUCAAGGUAUUUCAUUUGAUUCACCAGAUGCAUAUUUUCAAGCCGGCGGUUUUCUUGCACUUGGAUUACGUGAUAGUCCAUUUUCAUUUUCAUUAUGGAUUAAACCAACAACAAACGAUGGCGGUGGAACUAUUCUGCAUGUAUCAGCUUGUGCUAAUGGUGCAAAUAGUGGAGAUGAAAGCAGUUGCAAGGGAAAACAUACAUGUUGUUGUACACCAUUUAUUGGUUUUAGCUCGAAUAAGUCAAUUGUUGCUCAAAUUCAUACAAAUUCGCAUCAUAUAGUCGGUGUAUUUGGUCCAAUUUUGGUAGCAAAUACAUGGACACAUAUAGCACAAACAUUUAGCUCUAAAAAUGGGCUUCGACUCUAUGUUAAUGGUAAAUUAUAUUCUAAUGGUGGUGUUCAUUCUUAUUUUGCUAGUGGUGCAACAAAUUACAUAACGCUUGGUAAUUCUCUAUUAGGAUCAAAAAGUUAUGAUGCAUUUGGAUCAACUUAUUGUGAAUUAGGCGAAAUUACUAAAGGAUCAUUCAAUGGUGCCAUUGAUGAAUUGUACAUUUAUAGUCGAGAAUUAUGCAUGGAAGAAAUACGUAUACUUUCAAAACUGUAA